UGGUAUCUUUGGGUAGCGUUAUUUGUUGAAGGGUUUACCCUGAAAGAAAUAAAAAUAAGAAGAGCAGAAAAAAUCCCGGUCAAAAGCCAAGAGAAUUUAAGCCAGCACUCAGCUAACAAUUUUUGCUCACCAAGCAAUUAUGACAUGCCAAAAACAUAUGCUUUCGUCCAAUUAGAAACUAAACAAAUAACUGACCGAGAAGCUAUUGAACAACACCUGAUUAAAAAAUUAGGCAAACCCACUACCGAAAUCCAAUCUAACUUGCUCAGUGAACUCACCAAAAAAAUCAACUCCUAUUACCUCACCUCCGAAGAAACCCAAAACUACACCACCUACUCUCUCUUUGGCUCAGUCUCCGAAAUCCAAGAAAAAAAGUUCAAAGAAGGCAAAAACAAAGGACGAAUUUAUUACGUUCUCAAACUGGGAGGUGGUAAUAGCAAAGAAACCCUCCAAGCCCGCAAGGAAGACUUGCCCCCAGAGAAAUGA